AUGAAAGCCUUCAGACCGCUCAACCGAGCCCUCCAAACCAGCCCCCUAGUAACAACCCACCCCCUAAGCAUGCACCAAAGUCCACGCGGCCCCCUCAAAACCAAACUCCCACCCCUCACCAAAACGGAGGAAAUCUUACUGGAACGAUGCAUCCUCAAUCCGCAACGUGCCGAGACAUGCCAGUCAGGCACAGAUGACGAAGUAGGCGCGCACAAGUCACCCUACGACCGCAGCAACACAACACCCGAGAAGGAACACCUCGCUCUCGAAGAGGAAUACCGACUCGAGGGGGAUUUCCUGCAUGAUCCCUUGUCUGUCAGUCCGGCCAAUCUGGAUGUUAGCCUCAUUCUGGAUCCGAUGGUCGGGGUAGGUGCUGGUGGUGUUGGACGGGCUGUGCCGCAUUUGAGGAGUGUGAGGGGUUGGACGAGGAAGGGAAGACAGGUUGUGAUAAAGACUUGUCCGUUCGAAGCGAGGAGGUAUGAGGAUGUUUUCUUCGGAAGAGGAAAAGCGAUGACAAGGGGGGUUGAGAAGAAGGGCUGA